CCGGAAAGCCAGGGGAGGUGGCAGUGGCGGGAGGGUCGGAGCCAUGGCAGCUAAGGCGGCUGGUGGGGGACGCUGGGAGGUGGUGAAGAAGGGGCGGCGGCCCGGGGCUGGCGGCAAUGGUAGAAGCGGCGGAGGGGACCGCCGGGCUCUCGGGGAGGCGAACGGUGUGUGGAAAUACGACCUGACCCCUCCAAUCCAGACGACAAGCACCCUUUACGAGCGGGGCUUUGAGAGAAUCCUGAAGCGGCAGAAUAAGGAGCAAGUUCCACCCCCUGCUGUGGAGCCUAAGAAACCAGGGAACAAGAAGCAGACUAAGAAGGUGGCAGCCGUCACCAACCAAAACCAGAAGCAGGGUCGCUUCCGCAGCCUGGAAGAGGCACUGAAAGCUCUGGACAUAGCAGCUCUGCAGAAGGAACUGGACAAGAGCCAGAGCGUGUUCUCUGGGAACCCAUCCGUGUGGUUAAAGGACCUGGCCAGCUAUCUCAACUACAAGCUCCAAGCGCCUCUAACUGAACCCACACUAAGCCAGCAUACUCACGAUUAUCCCUACAGUCUGGUAAGCCGGGAGCUGCGUGGGAUCAUCCGAGGGCUGCUGGCCAAGGCAGCGGGGUCUCUGGAGCUCUUUUUUGACCACUGUUUGUUUACGAUGCUGCAAGAGCUGGAUAAGACACCAGGGGAGUCACUACAUGGUUACCGCAUCUGUAUCCAGGCCGUUCUGCAAGACAAGCCCAAGAUUGCCACCAUGAACCUGGGCAAGUUCCUGGAACUGCUGAGGUCUCAUCAGAGCCGACCAGCAAAAUGUCUGACCAUCAUGUGGGCCCUGGGUCAAGCAGGUUUUACCAACCUCACUGAAGGACUGAAAGUGUGGCUAGGGAUCAUGCUGCCUGUGCUGGGCAUCAAGUCUCUGUCUCCCUUCGCCAUCGCAUACCUGGAUCGGCUGCUCCUGAUGCACCCCAACCUCACCAAGGGCUUCGGCAUGAUUGGCCCCAAGGACUUCUUCCCACUUCUGGAUUUUGCCUACAUGCCCAACAACUCCCUGACACCCAGCCUGCAGGAACAGCUGUGUCAGCUCUACCCCCGACUGAAGGUGCUGGCAUUUGGGGCGAAGCCGGAAUCCACCCUGCAUACGUACUUCCCCUCCUUCCUGUCCAGAGCCACCCCUAGCUGCCCUCCUGAGAUGAAGAAAGAGCUCCUGAGCAGCCUGACCGAGUGCCUGACGGUGGACCCCCUCAGUGCCAGUGUCUGGAGGCAGCUGUACCCCAAGCACUUGUCACAGUCCAGCCUGCUGCUGGAGCACCUGCUCAGGUCCUGGGAGCAGAUUCCCAAGAAGACGCAGAAGUCUUUGCGAGAAACCAUCCAGUCCUUCAAGCUUACCAACCAGGAGUUGCUAAGGAAGGGCAGCUGCAGCAAUCAGGACGCCGCCGCCUGCGACAUGGCCUGCAAGGGCCUGUUGCAGCAGGCACGGGGCUACCGGCUGCACUGGACACAGCUACUCCUGUUGGUCCUGAUCUUUCUCAUCGGUUUCCUGUGCCAUGACUUCCGGUCGCACAGCUCUUUCCAGGCCUCCCUUUCUGGCCGGUUGCUUCGAUCAUCUGGGUUCUUGCCUGCUGGCCAGCAAUUGUGUGCGGGGGUCUACUCCUACAGCCUGCGGGGCUACAGCUGGCUAGAGGAGACAUUGCCGGCCUGGGGCUCCCACCUGCUGGCUGUGGUGAGGCCCGGUUUGCAGCUGGCCUGGGCCCACACCAGUGCCACCGUCAGUGUUCUUUCUGCCCACUGUGCCUCCCACCUUGCCUGGUUUGGUGACAGCCUCACCAGCCUCUUCCAGAGGAUCCAGCUCCCCGCUACCCUGGUGCAGCUGCUGCAGUCUCUGAGGGAGCUGCUCGUGCUUCUUUACCAGAAUGUACUGCUGCCAUGGUGGCACAUACUACUGGAGGCCCUGGCCCGGGCCCAGGAGCACUGCCACGAGGCGUGCAGAGGUGAAGUGACCUGGGACUGCGUGAAGACACAGCUCAGUGAGGCUGCCUGCGGGGUCUGGCUCCGCCUACAGGACAUCACCAUGGCUUUCUUGGACUGGGCACUUGCCACGAUCUCCCAGCACUAGGUCCUGCCCGCCUCGCCCCCGGUGCUGUCUGGGGCAGGCCGUCUGAGACUGCUGGCGGGUGGAGGACAGAGAGGCAGUUCUGCAGAGGCCGCUUUUUUACUUGGUGCCCGAGUUCUGUCUCCUAGGGACUGGCCGGUGGCCUUGGCCCCAGUUCUUCCCUCUUCGGUGGGGACUGAGCCUAGAGAUCUCUCAGCCUCCUACCCAUGAUCUCACUGAACGUUUGUCUGGCCCUAUUGCAUGUAGCUCCCAACCUCUGUCCUUGGGCUGCUGACUUCUGUCGCCCCCUCUCGUCUCCUGCUCUCCACUUCCUUCCGUCUCAUUCCCAAAGCCCCAGACAGCUAGCUCGUCUCCAGAACGGUGGGAUUCCACUGAGGGAAAACUGCAUUCUUCUGAUGAAGGAUUCCUGCUCCUAGACUCUAGCCCCAGUGGAACAAGGAAAGAGGCCUCCGGAAGAAUGUCGCAUCACAGUGGGCAACAGCAGCUUCACCUCAGCCCACAGCCUGGGCCUGCCUGUCACUGGACAUGAGGGCUGGGCAGAAGGGUCUCUCCCCUCCGGACGCCCAACUUCCGUCUCUUGAGGCCUCUCACUGCCCCCUCUGUCAUGGUCCUACUUUACUCGCCACUCCCUUCAGGCCUGGGGGGCUCUGCCUCAGGGUCCAGCUGUUCCCCGUUGCCCAGCCCUACACCAUCUGUCUGGAGAGCAAAGCCCAAGUAGUUGUGUGCCUCGGGCGCAGUGAACCUUCCAGCAGCCUGUUGAGACAGGAGUCAGCAUAUGGCUCCUCGGUACACCUACUAGGUGGAAUAAAGGACACAGAUUUGAUCUCCAGCUUUCCUCUCCGCAUCCUCAUAUAGGAAUUCCCGUAGUUGUGAAGAGGACAACAAAAUACUGGGCACGCACAUGUUCUUUGGCCCCCUGCCUCCUGCGGGUUGUAGCCACUGGCUGCAGUUGAGCUUCCCAUCAUUCUGAACUUUGCCCUAUUGAGGAUUCCAGACACUUCUUUUGCUCCCCUAAUCAUAUUGUCUCACUUGUCACUGUGAUUCAUGUCCCAAGAUUUGCCUCGAUAGCUUGAGUGUUUUAAGCUGGGAAAAGCAGGGAGAGUCUCCCAGGAGAAUUCUUGGUCUGUGAUCAGUGGGGUCUUCUUCCUUGCCAAGACCUUAACUUAUUAAUUGGUUUUAUAAGGCAAGAGUGAAAGUUAGGACUCCAAGAGACACAUGAAUCAAGGGUCUAUCACCGAAGUCCCUUUUUGUGUUUGACUUGAGACUCUGAGAGCUGAACAGGCUUUCAGGUCUCACCUCAAGUUUCUUUCCUUGAAUGUUUCAAAUCUAAGCAGUACUGGAGGUACCCUGCCCACUCCAGCUCCCACAGGCUGGUUCCCGCUUCCAUCCUGCCUGCAAGGACAACACGACGAUAAACAGCUACCACUUUCCCAUUAGCUUGUCACCCUGAGACUCUGCCUCAACUUCUCAGUGGGGAGAUGAUAAAGUAGCAAGUGUAGGAAAAUCUUGACACAAUGUGAGGUCAUGAGUACAAUAGCGCCCAACAUUUGUAUCCCCUUUCCUUGUUAGGACAGAACUAUGUUACCUCUCGAGAGUUAAGCGGCCCACAUUGGGCAGAGCCCUGCUCCCCUAGUAGCAGGUAACCAUGACCACUUUUCCCCCGGGGGGGGGGUGGGUGGAAUUCUCACCUGGCAACUAAGGUCUAGGCAGGACUGCCCAAGGGUCCCAAGACCUCGUUUCUUCCUCCCCGAUCAGAAACAAACAGGUUCAGUUCUUAAGAAUAGUGAGUCCUUAUAACUGGCCUGUAUUCAAGGCAAAUUGAAGAAAGGGCUGGUGUGAACCUGGGUUGACAACAGCACAGGACAAGUAAAAUGAUGACCCUGUCCUGAUGACAUUGAAUCACCAAGGCUGCUGGACUGCUACAAUCCAGCAACUCCAAGAAUGUUGCCUGAAGUGUGCACUGGUCUCCAGUGUGCGUACUGGGUUUACCUUGGUGGGUUCGUUCAAUUUCUGACCUGGAAUCCUGGGGUUCAACAUUUAAUCAACUUUGGCUAGCUGGGGUCUCCACAGACUCUCACGGGGACACUGACACCUUCAUUGGCUUUAUUUGAUAAACACAGUUGUUUGACCCGAUACUGGAAUUGUCCAGAAUUUUUCCUGGGUCAGUGAAGUAGUCCCAACCCUGCACCUGCUGCCCAUUAAAACUAAACCGGACACCCAGAUGUUUCACAUUUUGCAGACCUGUCAAUGCACAGGAAUCCGAGUGGAGCCAUUGUGGACUAGGAGAGCAGACUCGUGCUGAGAGGUGGGCUCUCCCACUACGACGAUUGGUGUUCUUGGAGGAACAGAAGUAACCUGACACCUCAGAGGGUCACAUCUGGACAUUGUAACUUUACUUUUCACAGAGCAGGUGUUGCACAGAUAACAUGCCAGAAAAGGGGGCUGUUUGAAUAUGGUUAUGUCUUAACCAACUUGAGUUAUUACCAACUCUUGUAUGGGCCUACAAGUUUUAGCACAUGACUCAUUUGAAACACCUCUUUCCAAAAGUCUUGAAGCACGUAUCUGGAUUUGAACCCAGUCUACAGCUCCAGCUUUACAGCCGGGCAGCCUGAUGGGUGGUCUGCUUACUGGGAACAAAUAGCAUUGCUAGACUCAGCUGCAGCAUUGCCAGUCCAUUCUCAAAUGCCAUCACCCUUGGGGUGGAGGGUUUCCCACGGAGACGGGCAUGCCUGCCCUGCUCUAUUCCAGAAGGACCCAGUUGACAAUUACACAGAAAUUUCAAUGGUAGUCUGGCCUGAGCAUUUUAGUCUUCUCUCUCCUAAAGGACAUUGGGUUUAAGUGAACACUUAGACUGAUCGGUCCUUUUUUACAUACUCUUCACGGUUCUGCUCUCUAAAGGGCUUGAGGGGACGAAGGCUCCGCUUUUCCCUAUGGGGUAUUCCAUUUUACUGGGCAGUUUCAUUGCCCCAAACUUGAAGUAUAAGAAGAAAUUUGGGGACGGGGUGG